UCUCCGCGGGGGCACGCCCGGGGAGGGGUGAGGAGUCCCGGGCCCGGGCUGAGCAGCGGUCUCCGGAGCAGGACGGGGACUCCCCCUGACGCACAGGAAAGCCGGCAGGCAGCGUGCAGAAUAAAGCGCGCGGCAGGCGGGGGCAGGCAGCCAGCCGCCCGGCGGAGCUCAGCCUGCGCGCCUCGCCACCCGCGGAGCCUGCCUGGGGCGCCCCUCGGACAGUAUGUCUCAAUGGAGUCAAGUCCAGCAGUUGGAAAUAAAGUUUUUGGAGCAGGUAGACCAGUUCUAUGACGAUAACUUUCCCAUGGAAGUCCGACAUCUACUAGCACAGUGGAUAGAAAGCCAAGAUUGGGAGGCCGCUUCCAAUAAUGAACCAAUGGCAACAAUCCUCUUACAGAAUUUGUUAAUACAAUUGGAUGAGCAGUUAGACCGGGUUUCUCAAGAAAAGAACCUCCUGUUGAUACACAACCUGAAAAGAAUCAGGAAACUUCUUCAGGGAAAAUAUCAUGGUAAUCCUAUGCACAUAGCAGUUAUUAUUUCAAACUGCUUAAGAGAAGAGAGAAGGAUAUUGGCUGCAGCCAGCAUGCCGGUACAGGGACCACUGGAAAAACAAUUGCAGAAUUCCGUAGUUUCAGAAAGACAAAGAAAUGUGGAGCACAAAGUGUCCGCCAUUAAGAACAGUGCCCAGAUGACAGAACAAGAUGUCAAAUACUUAGAAGAUUUGCAAGAGGAGUUUGACUUCAGGUAUAAAACAAUACAGAGCCUAGAACAGGGUGACAAAAACAGCGUCCUGAUGAAACAGGAAAUGGUGAUGUUGCAGGAAAUGCUGAAUACCUUAGACUACAAAAGAAAGGAAGUCCUUAAUAAAAUGACACAAGUAAUAAAUGAAAGUGAUGUCUUGAUGAACAACCUGCUGCUUGAAGAACUUCUAGACUGGAAGAGGCGCCAGCAAAUUGCCUGCAUUGGAGGUCCUCUACAUAGUGGGCUUGAUCAGCUCCAGAACUGUUUUACACUGCUGGCAGAGAGCCUUUUUCAAGUAAGAAGGCAACUGGAAAAAUUGGAUGAGCUGUUGACUAAACUGACUUAUGACGGAGAUCCUAUUCUACUGCAAAGGCCUCACCUGUUGGAAAGAGUCAACUUCUUGCUCUACAAUCUUUUCCGAAGUUCAUUUGUGAUUGAAAGGCAGCCCUGCAUGCCCACCCAUCCCCAGAGGCCAAUGGUACUUAAAACUUUAAUACAGUUCACUGUUAAACUAAGGUUGCUAAUUAAAUUGCCAGAGCUGAACUACCAGAUCAGAGUGAAAGCAACUAUUGACAAGAAUGUGUCAACUGUAAGUAAUCGCAGAUUUGUUCUAUGUGGCACUCAUGUCAAAGCUAUGAAUAUGGAUGAAUCUGCAAAUGGAAGUCUGUCUGUAGAAUUUAGACAUUUGCAACCCAAAGAAAUGAAAUCGAGUGCUGGAAGCAAAGGAAAUGAGGGCCCUCAGAUGGUAACUGAAGAGCUACACUCCAUCAGCUUUGAAACACAGGUCUCCCUGUAUGGUCUGACUGUAGAUUUGGAGACAAGCUCUUUGCCUGUAGUGAUGAUUUCCAAUGUCAGUCAGUUACCUAAUGCUUGGGCUUCUAUUAUUUGGUACAACUUGUUGUCAAAGGAUUCUCAGAACCUGGGUUUCUUUAACAAUCCUCCUACUGCCACUCUGAGUCAACUCUUAGAAGUACUGAGCUGGCAGUUUUCAUCUUAUGUUGGUCGUGGACUCAAUUCUGAGCAGCUCAAUAUGCUGGCAGAGAAACUUAUGGGGCAACAAAUUAGUUACAAUGAUUAUCAACUGUCCUGGGCAAAGUUCUGCAAGGAACAUUUACCUGGAAAGUCAUUUACCUUUUGGGUAUGGCUCGAAGCAAUACUGGACCUAAUUAAAAAACACAUUCUUCCUCUUUGGAUUGACGGGUAUAUAAUGGGAUUUGUGAGCAAGGAGAAAGAACGAGUUUUGCUCAGGGACAAAAUGCCUGGAACAUUUUUAUUAAGGUUUAGUGAAAGCAACCUGGGGGGAAUUACAUUUACCUGGGUGGACCAGUCAGAAAACGGAGAAGUAAGGUUCCACUCAGUGGAACCCUAUAAUAAAGGUCGUUUAACUGCGCUGCCAUUUGCUGACAUUUUGCGAGAUUACAAAGUUAUUUUGGCAGACAAUGUUCCUGAAAAUCCACUGAAAUAUCUGUAUCCAGAUAUUCCCAAAGAUAAAGCCUUUGGCAAAUACUACAGCAGUCAGCCAAAUGAAGUCUCAAGACCUACAGAAGGAGGGGUCAAAGGUUAUGUCCCCGCUGUAUUUAUCCCAAUCUCCAAAAUCCUGUAUGAUUCCACAGAUCCACAUUCUCCAUCAGAUCUUCUUCCCAUGUCUCCAAGUGUUUAUGCUGUGCUGACAGAACACCUCAGUCCCACAGUAAUUGAAACUGCUCUGAGUUCUCCAUAUUCAGCUGACUGAAAUGCAGACACCAUGAAGAACAACAAAGCAGCCAAAAUACUUCAUAAAAUGAAAGUUUAGAAAAAAGAAGUUGUUUAUGCAGCUUUGUAAAUAAGGGUUUCCUGGAAGCCAAUGCGAUGUUCUUCUUGGGCCUACAUGUACUUUCAAAUGCAUGUAAAUCAGAAGCCUCCCCAGGGAAGUCACUGGAGUUACAAACAUCUGGCAUCAUUUGCGUCCUGCCACUGAAGUUCUCACUCAAGGGAAUAUUACCUCUUAACUCAAUGGGCCAAAUCCUUCCCUGGUGUGCAACUCCAUUGACUUCAGUGGCGUUACACUAGGUAUGAAUUUAGCCCAGAGGGACUGCUUAUGGAAAUAAGGACUGCAGUAUUGCUGUAAAAUAGGACUUACGGUAGGAUGGAGAUGUUCUGUUCAUGAAACAUUUUGAAAGCAAGACUUUAGAAUAACUAAAGAGAUUUAAGAUGUGUUCAGAAAAUCAGGAUUUAUGCUGUACAUUUCAUGUUCUGUUUUUAUAAUGUCUAUUUCUUUGGCUUUUAUUUUAAAUUAAAGGUUCUCAUCCGUCCCUUCAUGACACUGACCGUAGGUGCCAGGAAUCAGCUUUUGCUGCCAUGAACAGCUUUCAGUACAAAGGGACAGAUUUUAUCUUCCUGCAGUAAAAUCCAUGGAAGGGAAGGAGGAGGAGAACAGAAUAAUGGGAAUAGAAGAGUUCUCUAGAAACUCUAGAGC